ACUACGCUGAUCGCCGUGUAAUUUCAGUUGCAUUAAGCUUUUCUUAGAAUAGGGAAGUCUGUCUGGCUGCGGUUAUGGCGUCAUGCUGGAAAAUACUUUUGUUAUUAAGUUUGUUCAAAACGCAGCAGUGCGUGUCAUCACACCCAUUCGUGGCGUUCAGUGAAGAGUCGGAGAUGAGCACUGUUAAGCCGCUGCAAGUGAAUAUUAGUUCAAAUGAGAGCGCGCCUAAGCAGACUGCGAAAUUUCCCAUUGAACGGGAACACUGGGCUAUUGUUUGUUCUGUCAUUGCAUUGUGCUUCGCGCUCAUAACGAUAUUUAAAUAUAUGUGUUGUCCAUAUGUGCGUUGUUGCGGGUGUAAAGAAGUGGAAUUGCAGCGCACGAGGGAUUUGCAAAAUCGAGAAUUGAAGCCGCAGUAUUCUUGGGAAGCAACUAAUCACAUAUAGAAAUGGAUCACGAUUUUAAUAAUUGUUUGAAAAAUAAACAAUGGAAAAAUAUGCUGUAGAAAAUAACAAAAAUUAACUGAAAUGUUUAUUUCAUGCAAAUUGUACAAAAAAUUGAAAACAAAUUAUAACUCAUAGCUGAACCCUAAGUGAAAUAGUACGAGAAGACUAAAGAAAUUGUAAAGGAAGUUUGAAAAAAUAUAUUCGUAGACCGACUACUAUACCUACAGUAGCUAUAUAAUAUUGUUGACGUAGUCUUUAGCACCUGGAGUUAGCUAUAUAUUAUAUAUGAAGAAAGAUGUCUGAAAUACACGAAAUACAACAAAAACGAUCAUCUUAGAUUUUCCGAGUUAAAUGUUGAUUUUAUGUAUGCAUAAGUACAUAUACCAUACAUACACUCGUACGUACUUUUAAGCAAUUUGCAUAAUAUUUAAAACUUUCUUUUUCAUAUGGAAUAAAACACCCAAGACCGUCAGCAAUACAAUUCAAAAAUCAA